AUGUAAUUUAUUCCAUUUUCACCACUGAUUGACAUUGGAUUUUGGUCUCAAUUAUCUAGAAAUAAAAUUGAGAUCUACAAAUUAGAUGAUGCAGAGAGAUCAUUAUUAGUAAAAACAAAAAUAAAUCCAUACCCAGAAAAAACUUCCUAAUUAUAUUUAGAUAUUUAUUCAUUCUAAGAUGAUAUCACAAUCAAUAAAUCUGGUCCUUUUGAGGUUUAUUCAAAGAUUUCAUUCUAAAAUUACAACACCAUUGAAGCAUAUUAAGAAUUUGAUCAUUUAGAUUAUGCGUAAAAAGCUUUUCAAAAAAUGAUUGAAUCAUUCUCAAAAGAUGAAAAGCCUAAUCUUUUUCCAGCAAGAAUGAGUAUUUUUGCUGAUUUAAAGAAAUAUUUAUUCUACUUUAAAUUGAUUGUACCCUAAUUAUAGAUAGAAAACAUAUAGAAUGUCCUUUAAAAAAACCUUACAGAUUAUUUAGGUGAAUAAAAUUAGAAAUUUUAAUAAUAAUUGUCUUUGAUAAUUCAAUAAUAAUAAAAUGAAGUAUGUAACAAUUCAUUCGUAAUUGUAAAUAAAGAAAGUUUCCAAUUUGUACCAUUUAAAGAAUAUUAAUAAAAUAAGUAAGAGGUGAUAUUUAUAUAUUUUGAUUCUUUUAAUUAGUCUUAAUUGAACAGUCAAUUCAAUAACUUUAUAGCAUAUUUAAUAACAAAUAACUCUUUUAAAGAAUAUAUUAAUAAUAUAAAAAUAAUAGUAAUUAAAGAUGCUUUGACAAUUAAUAAAAAUCAAUUCUAAUUAAAAAAUUCAAUAUAUAUAGAGUUGAAUUUAUCUGAAUCAAAAAUAAUAUAAUAAAAUGGAUAAUAUAAGGCAUUUAACAUAGAGGGUUAUCUAUAAGAAAAGAAAAUAGAUUUGAAAUCAUUUAUGGAUGAAUAAUCGUAAUAAAAUAAUUUGAUUAAUAUUUUAGUUUGGCAAAAGAAGCUGUUGAUUUGAAUAUAAAGUUAAUGAAAUGGAGAUUGUUACCUGAAUUAGAUUUAGAGAAAGUUUAAGCCUAGAAAGUACUAUUAAUAGGAGCAGGGACUUUAGGUUGUCAACUAGCAAGAAAUUUAAUAGGAUGGGGAAUAAGAAAAAUAACAUUUGUUGAUUAUGGAAGAAUAUCAUACAGUAAUCCAGUUAGAUAAAGCUUAUAUGAUUUUGAAGAUUCGACAAAGGGAGGAAGACCAAAAGCUGAAGUAGCAGCUGAGAAAUUAAAAAAGAUCUUUCCUGAUAUAGAUAGUGAAGGAUAUUAACUUUAAAUACCAAUGCCUGGUCAUUUUGUAACUGAAUCAUAAGUCUAAUCAACGUUAGAUUCAUUUUUAAAAUUAAGUGAAUUGGUAAGCACUCAUGAUGCAGUAUUUUUAUUAACAGAUUCAAGAGAAUCAAGAUGGUUACCAACAGUAUUAAGCAAUGCCUAUGGAAAGAUGUGUUUUUCUGUUGCUUUAGGAUUUGAUUCAUUUUUGAUUAUAAGACAUGGAAUAUCAUUGAAAAAAUAUAAUCCAGAAAUACAUGGUGAAAGAUUAGCAUGUUACUUUUGUAAUGAUAUUUCAUCUCCUGGAAAUUCAAUGAAGGAUAGAACUUUAGAUUAAUAAUGCACAGUAACUCGUCCAGGAUUAUCAUUCUUGGCUUCAGCUUAUUCAUCUGAAUUAUUUGUUAGUUUAGUACAUAGUCCAUUAUUAGAUGGAACUCCUGCUUCUGAUAAUCCAGAAUAAUUGUAAUAAACAGAUUUGGGAAUAUUACCACAUUUCUUAAGAGGUCAACUAUCAGAUUUUGAUAUCAGAUUAUUUUAUGGAAGAGCUUUUAAAAAGUAAACAAUAAUUUAUAAUUUAGUUGUGUCGCAUGUUCUUAAUAAAUUUUAGAUGCUAUGGAGAAGAAUCCAUAAUCGUUUUUAUUAGAAACUUUGAAUCGACCUGAUGUACUGUAAGACAUCUCAGGAAUAACUGAAGAACUCACUUUGAAUAAACAAGAGAUUCAUGAAAUUUAAGAUAUUGAUGGUGAUGAUGAUUGUUCAGUCCUAUAGAUUAUUUCAUGA